CUGCUGCUGCCGCCGCGGGAGCGAGUGAAUAAGGCGGCGCAGAUGGGGGCGUCCGAUCCACGCGCGCCGGGCGCCCGGGCUCUCCCCAAGUUGGAAAGGACAAAAAGAAGGCAAUAAAUGCUAACCAGGGAGAGAGGGAGCCGGAUCGCGCGGCAACACCCAGCCUCUGCUGAAAGAGAGGGCGGGAGGGAGCCGGAGAGAGCGAGCGCGCGCGAGGGCGAGCCGUGCGCGGAAAGAAACUGACACCCGGACCCCCCACUUCUGCGCGCUGCUGGCAGUCAGACGCGUUUAAGCAAUUUCCCGACCCAAGAAUAGCCACGAGUCGGGAGCCGCUGGCAAGCUGAAAUUGGGAGCUCCAAGCACUUUCCCCCCCACUUUUUUUUCCCUGGAGAAGGGGUAGGGGGGCGCUACAAUUUGGAAACAGCUUUUUUUUUUUUUUUAAUCUUGCACUUUGAAACCGCGGGGCUGAAGCCGGGUGCGCGCGUGUGGUUGGUGCCUGUUUUUUUUUUGUUGUUUUUUUUUUUUUCCUUCCCCUGCCUAAACUCCUCUGUCAGCCUGUAAACAUUACCUGAGAAUUCCCCAGCCGGAACGGCUGCUGGGGCAAGAAACUUCUUGUUAGAACUUUCCCCCUCCGGCUUCCCCGACACCUCUUGCCGUCCCGACUGUUUUGGGGGGACGCUUUUUCUCCUCCCGAGGAGGAUUUAUAUGUCUCUCUCUGUCUUUUUUUUUUAUUCUCCUUUUUUCUCACCCGGUGCUUUGCAUUUGGGAAGAGGCGAUUUCAAGAGUAGCCAGGUGGGACGCCUCCCUCCCCCUUGCUCGGUUAAUUUAUUAUUGUUUUGGGGCGCUUUGUUUUUAAACUCCCGUGCGCCUGGUCCGGGGGGUUCCGCCCCUCGCCCGGCUCCGCGGCGCGGAGGAUGGUGUGGAAAUGGCUGGGGGCGCUGGUGCUGCUGCCUCUGCAGAUGAUCUAUCUGGUGGCGAAAGCGGCGGUCGGGCUGGUGCUGCCAGCCAAGCUGCGGGACCUGUCGCGGGAGAACGUCCUCAUCACCGGCGGCGGCAGAGGCAUCGGGCGCCAGCUCGCUCGCGAGUUCGCAGAACGCGGCGCCAGAAAGAUUGUCCUCUGGGGCCGGACUGAGAAAUGCCUGAAGGAGACGACGGAGGAGAUUCGGCAAAUGGGCACUGAGUGUCACUACUUCAUCUGUGACGUGGGCAACCGGGAGGAGGUGUAUCAGAAGGCCAAGGCUGUCCGGGAGAAGGUGGGCGACAUCACCAUCCUGGUGAACAACGCCGCAGUGGUCCACGGGAAGAGCCUGAUGGACAGCGACGACGACGCCCUUCUCAAGUCCCAGCACAUCAACACCCUCGGCCAGUUCUGGACCACCAAGGCCUUCCUGCCACGCAUGCUGGAGCUGCAGAACGGCCACAUCGUGUGUCUCAACUCCGUGCUGGCUCUGUCCGCCAUCCCGGGCGCCAUUGACUACUGCACGUCCAAGGCCUCGGCCUUCGCCUUCAUGGAGAGCCUGACCCUGGGGCUGCUGGACUGCCCGGGCGUCAGUGCCACCACCGUCCUGCCCUUCCACACCAGCACCGAGAUGUUCCAGGGCAUGAGGGUCAGGUUUCCCAACCUCUUCCCCCCACUGAAGCCGGAGACGGUGGCCCGGAGGACCGUGGAGGCUGUGCAGCUCAAUCAGGCCCUCCUCCUGCUCCCCUGGACCAUGCACGCCCUCAUCAUCUUGAAAAGCAUACUCCCGCAGGCCGCCCUGGAGGAGAUCCACAAAUUCUCAGGAACCUACACCUGCAUGAACACUUUCAAAGGGAGGACAUAGGGCAGGACCAGAGAGGCCCAGUCCCAAGCCACGGCGCCCGCAGGGCUGCCCCUGGGCACCGGCCACGGCCUGUCGCCGGCACACUCUGCAGGGUGAGCAGGACAGCUGCGGACCCGGGGGAGGAUGCGGCCGCCCCGGCCAGCCCCAGGACCUUUGCACAGGACCGACGGGCGUGACUGACCCCCAUGGGGAGGCAAGAAGCAGCCAGCGGCCACCUUGACACUCGGUACCUGUCUCGUUGUGUAGAGCUUGUUGCUCACCUUCUCCAGUCUAACCAGCCUCAGCAGCGUGCACAGACUGUCUCGGGAGGGUCCGCCCCACGGCCCUCCUUCCCCUCCAAAACCCACUCAUCCUCAGCUUGCGCAAACCAGUUGAACGGCAGGAAUGAAAAAUAAAAAGAUGGCUUUUGCGA